AUGCCUCAGUUUGGCAAAGCCUUUAGAAAAAAACAUUUCCCCCAGAUCCCAGAUCACGUGGUGCCGGUAAACAACGGUUCAUAUGGUCUUCCUCCAGCCGAAAUCAUCAACGAAUACCACUCUGCUUUUGAUAAGGACGUAGCGUUUCCUGAUGAGUUUAUCAGAUUGCGCCAGCAGGACCAGUAUAAACAGGCCGUGCACAGUGUGGCGCCCAUAGUGAAGAGCGCGCCAGAGAACUUGGCCUUGGUGGAAAAUGCCACUACGGCGGUGAAUACGGUGUUGCAAUCGGUGGACCUUGUGAAGGGGGAUAUUGUGGCUAUGCCUACGACGACGUAUGGAGCUUGUGCUCAGACGGUGCGGUAUUUGCAUGAUUAUAGAGGGGUAGACUUUGUAUGGGUGGAUGUGGAGUACCCUAUACUGGACUCUGAGGUGGUUGCAAAAUUUCGCAAAGUGUUUGAAAAACACCAGGUUAAGUUGGCUAUUUUUGAUGCAGUGGUGUCAAUGCCUGGAGUGGUGGUUCCUUGGGAGCAGUUAGUGCUGUUGUGUCGGGAAUUUGAUAUUAUUUCGGUGGUUGAUGGCGCCCAUGCUGUUGGUUUGAUUCCUCUAGACCUCGAUAAGGCCAAACCGGACUUUUUCUGCUCAAACCUCCACAAGUGGUUCCAUGUUCCUAGAGGCUGUGCUUUCUUAUACGUCCAUCCUCGGUUCCAUAGAACCAUUCAGACGCUCCCCAUUAGCCACCAGUACGUAUCGCCGCACGCAAAGCUCACUGACGAACAAGCCAAAGACUUGCUAUUCCAUAAGUUUGCGUUCAAUGGGCUGAAAACGUUUGCUGCCAUUGCCACAGUGCCUGCGGCCGUUAAAUUUAGAAAGGAGGUCUGUGGAGGCGAAGAGGCAAUUAGAGACUACUGCAACCGAUUGGCCCAGGAAGCCAAACAAGCUGUGUUGCGUAAGUGGGCCAAUGCCCAGAUUGUUGAAAAUGACGAAAAGACGCUUUCCUCGGCGAUGAUCUCAUUCUUCGUGCCUAUCCAAGAGUACAGCCAGAGUUUCGAUGCAUCUGAUCCGUCAGCAGUGUUGCAGCUUGUGAACUUCUCUCUGGAGUGGCAGUUAACCAAACGACACACCUUUGUGCCUAUCAACGGCCAUGCUGGGAAAAUCGUCGCUAGACUUUCGGCACAAUUGUUUAACGAGGCAAGCGAUUACACCUACGGAUGUGAAGCGCUUGACGAUGCAUUAAAGGCGUUCUUCUCUCUGAAACUCUAA